GGCUCCACAUCUGAACACCUCCCCUCUCUCUUCACCUGCUCCUCUGACUUCCUCCACUCUCCACCCACCAGAACCAUGAGUCACUGUGGCUGUUCCGGGGGCUGUGGCUCCAGCUGCUGUGUGCCCGUGUGCCGCUGUGUGCCCGCCUACUCCUGCUCCAGCUGUGGCAAGGGGGGCUGUGGCUCCUGUGGGGGCUGCAAGGGGGGCUGUAGCUCCUGCGGAGGCUGCAAGGGGGGCUGUGGCUCCUGCUCCAGCUGUGGCAAGGGGGGCUGUGGCUCCAGCUGCUGUGUGCCUGUGUGCUGCUGUGUGCCCGCCUGCUCCUGCUCCAGCUGUGGCAAAGGGGGCUGUGGCUCCUGCUCCUGCUCCAGCUGUGGCAAGGGGGGCUGUGGCUCCAGCUGCUGUGUGCCCGUGUGCUGCUGUGUGCCCACCUGCUCCUGCUCCAGCUGUGGCAAGGAGGGCUGUGGCUCCUGUGGCUGCUCCCAGUCCAGCUGCUGUGUCCCCGUUUGCUGUCAGUCCAGCUGCUGCAAACCCUGCUGCUCCCAGUCCAGCUGCUGUGUCCCCGUUUGCUGUCAGUCCAGCUGCUGCAAACCCUGCUCCUCCCAGUCCAGCUGCUGUGUCCCCAUUUGCUGCCAGUGCAAGAUCUGAGAAUCUGAAAUCAGACCAAUGCACGCUCCCUGGCCAUGCAUCUUGUCACGCCCCAUACCCCCAGUGCAUAGUUCUUUGUCCAUCCCCUGCAGGAGUCAUGGAGUCUGAAUCUUCAGGACCAGAGUUCCCGCUCCACACUUCGUGAUGGAGAAAGGGGUCCCCCUCAUGUGCUUUGAGCCAUCCGGGGAUUCACUACUACACACAACUCAGAGGAAUCUUCGUCCUUGGCAGCUGAACUUUACCAUCUGUAGGCUCUUCACGUACUGAACCUCAGAAGGCCCACUCCUCAUGCUCCGAAUGGGGCACAGAGCUGUGCUACCAUUUCCCUACUCCCGGUUCCUUCCUGCUCAGUCCUCAUUCUCACAUAACCUCAGGGCUGGUGCUGAUUCCCCGGAACCUGGGGGGCCACAUCCAUCACACGCCCCUCACCUCUCCCCUGACACCAGCUCAUUCUGACUCUCGCUCUAGCAAAUUCCACUCUGGACUUUGUGAGGCCUCUAAAUAAACAAAGUCUCGACAA